ACCAACCCAACCAUUUGACCCAUUUCGCCACCCUAUUUGCCAACACCGAUCUCUCCCUCACCCGCGUUUUACUACAAAACCAUCACGGCAGGUCAUCACUCGUAAAGCUAGCAAACAGUCUUUGUCUUCCAACCAAGAAGCCAACGCCUACCUAAUCUCACACACCCAACCUCAAACCCAUCACUUCUGCAUCGCCAGAGCGAGACGCAACAGCCGUCGGUCGCUAUCCCCAAACCCCUCGACACAACUCCCCACCCAAAGGACACCCCGAGAAAACAGGGUUUAUGUCCAUCGAAAAUCUCCGGACUGUUGACCCCUUCGCCGAAGCCGACGAGGACACUGGUGAUAAAACUAAUGCGCAAGCGCAGUACAUCCACAUCCGCAUUCAGCAGCGCAAUGGACGCAAAACCUUGACUACGGUGCAAGGCAUCCCAAAGAAGUUUUCCCGCAAGAAGAUCUUGUCCACUGUCAAGAAACAAUUCGCUUGCAAUGGCACCAUCGUGACCGACUCCGAGAUGGGCGAUGUCAUCCAGCUUCAGGGUGAUCAACGCAAGGCCAUGCACGAUUUCCUCAUCGACAAGAAGCAGGGGCUCGAGAUGGAUCCUAAGACCAUCAAGAUCCACGGUUUCUAGCACCGUCGUAUCGGUUGCGCCCGUCGACCUCCCCAGAUCUGUAUGCUAGGGGCUCGCACCAUAACGUUGCUUCCAAAUACAUUUUGGUAUGCAAUGGUACAUGGCCGCGUCGCCUGCUAGCUCUCGACUCUUUUUGUCGGUUGGGGAUCGACACAGCGUGCAGGAUUCAACGAGUUUUAAUGAUGAGUGCAGUGAGAUAUCAUUAGGAUGGAGUUUUGGCAUGUGGUUAUCACCUGGUCUGGAAGGAUGCCUGGUUGGUUUCAUACGUUGAUGAUUGAUCGGGCAUUCAUGCUCCGCCACCAGUAUCUCCGUCAUGCCUU